UUUGUCGUUAUGUUCACCUUGCCUCUUUUUCUGUUAGUAUGUUGCAGUAGAGUUGUGACUUUUCAGAACACCCGCAUCCCGCCAGAAACUAAAGAUCAGAUCCUCGCAACAGCAGAUGUGAACACAGCUUUUGAGUUAUAUCAGCAGAGUUAUACGCCGAGUUAUAAUACGCCAUCUGUACUCUUCUUGACUGGGUCGACUCGUAGAAGAAACAGAGCUCAGAAAAGACAAGAGAGGAGGAAGAAAGCUAACUUUGUGAUAUCUCUGGGGGAGAUAAGAGAACAUAAUGUGAAGUAUGAGAGAGGAGAGUCCUGGUAUCGUAUGUCAGUUAACCAGUUCUCUGUGAUAAGCUCCACCGAGAGGAGGAGAUAUCUCGGGUAUCUGGGAGAUGUGGACCAGAACAGGACCAACUCAACCAAUAUAACGCUAUUAGGAGGAGGUAAGGAGAGCUACCCUGAUACACUGAGCUGGAGAAAGAGAGGCUACGUAACAAAUUCAGUAGACCAGGGUGAAUUCUGUCUCUCAUGUUGGACAUUCCCAGCUGUAGCCCUGCUAGAGUUCGCUCUGAGAGAAGUAUCAGGAUCUUUACUCCCUCUAUCUGCGCAACAACUGCUAGAUUGUACCUACGAGGAGGUGGUGGACGUAGUGGGACCUCGCCAUGAUGGGUGUAAGGGAGGGAGGUACCAGGACGCCUGGAGAUACCUUAUCUCCAGACAACACCUCACUUCACACACAGAGUACCUCUACAGAGCCGCAGAUAGGAAGUGCAGGUACCACAGGUACUCUAAUAAACUUGAGAACUAUGUUAAGUUAACCGGGUACAAGGCUGUACCCUCUGAUGCUGACGGUGGUAUGGAGGCGGUGCAGGUGAUGCCACUUGCUACAGCGAUAGCGGCUGAAGAUGAAUUGUGGCUGUAUGAUAAAGGGAUAUAUGAUGGCUGUACACAGAGACACAGGGUUCCAGAUCACGCAGUGCUUAUCACGGGAUACGGGAUUAAGUACUGGGAGAUAAGGAAUAGUUGGGGACCAGAUUGGGGGAUGGAUGGGUUCCUCAAAUUCUUCAGGGGACAGGGUGCCAGAAUGUGUUUCCUCCUGGACUAUGCGUUUUAUAUCACUUAUCAGAACAUGAAAUCACCAGAAAACACUGUUUCUCCAACUGUUCCUUCCACAACAACGUCCGCCAAUUACAAAGCUUCAAACUGUACAGAAGGAGGAAUGUACGAGACAAAAACUGAGGAAGAAGAGAAGGGAAAGAAAGAGGAGAAGAAAGAAGAGGAGGAGGAGGAAGAGGAAGAAAUGGAGGUAGAAGAGGAAAAAGAAGAACAAGAGGAAAAAGAAAAAGAGGAGGACGAAAACGGAAUGUCAGACGAAACUAGGAUUAAAAAAGAGGAGGACGAAAACGGAAUGUCAGACGAAACUAGGAUUAAAAAAGAGGAGGACGAAAACGGAAUGUCAGACGAAACUAGGAUUGAAGAAGAGGAAAUGUCAGGAGAAGAUGAACCACCAGGGUCAACAGUGGACUAUAAAACUUUAGACUCCGAGUUAACCGCGGCUGACAAUGAGGACUGUAAUGAUGAUCCAGAAUAUAAGUUUCUGUGCCAGCAGUGGUCCAAGUUGCCUGGUGAUCCCUGUAAUGCUGGAUCCUGGCUUAUCUUCACCCAGUAUCAUUGUAUGAAGUCAUGUGACAAAUGUAGUGAAUGUCAGGAUAAACACCCGAGCUCUUGUAAAUCGUGGGCAGAUGAGGGUUACUGCCAUGAUUCAAGUGAACAUCAGGUGUGGAUGAAAAGCAACUGUGUAGAAUCUUGUGGUUACUGUUAGCUCAGACUGUCGGACAUUUCCAUGGAUUUGGAUGAUAACAGUAACGAUCAAGUUAUUACUUUGGGUGUGCCCCUAGUCACUAGUCAGAUAUGAGUUUGUUAAUAAGACAGUGCGUCAUACUAAUUAAUUAAUAAUUAUUAGAGAUUUAAAUGCUAAUAUGACAGUUAAAAAUCACUUUUUUUAGGACACCUUUCACAAUUUGAUUACGAGCGGUAACAUUUAGUGCAAAAAGGGAACGUUAAUUAUAAUCAUGGGCGUAAUUUACCGAGACAAUAGAUUUAAUUACUUAAUUGCUAGACAA